AUGGACGAGUCUCCGGCAAGCCAAAACGGGGUUCCCCAUCCACCACAGAUCUUUAUCAAUGAACAGCCAUACCGAAGCUCCACAUUUCUAAUGAAUAGCCCCAAUAAUGGCCUGCCCAUAAUUGAGGAAGGUGACGAGGCUCCACUGGAUGAAUUGCUUCGAAAGUACGAGAUCGAGGGCGCAGAUGAUCCUAAUGCCGGUUUCUGGACCCUUAAGCUAUUACAUCACAUCCUAUCAGAAGACCGAAUCUUAGCCGAACUGAAGACUUACAAACUGGGGAAUGCCGAGACUUACCUCAAGUCUAUUCGACCACCAGCCAACCAGCAUAUAGGACCAACUACCCAGACAUACCUCGUGACCUUUGCUCUUUUGGUUUUACUUGAGCGAGGAGACGAGAUUGGCAAAUUCAUCCAGGACAAAGUAUCCGAUCAAAAUCUGCCUCUUAUUCGUCAUGAGGCUACGAUCAAAGGAAAAGUAAACCUCUGUCACAAAACUCUUCCUAAUCAUCCAUUAGUGUGCUUUCAAGGAUGGAAGACUCACGAGAAGGAGGCAUUUGAGAGAAAUCAGUGGCGGCUCCUGGUCCCAUACUUUGAUCUCGACGGCAACUUUAAGGCAAAGCACUCCACCUUCGAUGAUAGAACUAUUCUACCGAGGUGUAAAAGGGGUGAACAUUCGCCUUCUUCUUCUUCGCAUCCAUCACAGGGGGAAGGGGGCUACGCAGUUGUGUCCUGCAUCAAAAUUCACCCGUCCUGUCAUGGGUUUGAUGACGUCCUUCUUAAGAUUUGCGUAAAAGGUGAUCUUUUUGCCUUAAAGAUGCUUCAUGACACGGAUUUCAAUAGCGACAAGCAAUUCCAAAACGAAAUACAGCAGUUGCAACGAUUUAACGGUUUGCUACAUGCCCACUUCGUAACUCUUUUGGCUACCUUUACCUUCCGGAGAAACCGCUACUUCCUUUUCCCGUGGGCAGACGGUACUCUUGAGCAAUACUGGGCAACACAUAAGCCAAAACCCGAAUUAAACAUCCGCACAGCUCGGUGGGUUUCUAAGCAGUGCUUAGGUAUUAUGACCGCAAUAGAUAUUAUCCAUAAUCCAAAUCACCUACAGAAUCUAGAUGUACAGAGAUACGGUAGACACGGCGAUAUUAAACCGGAUAAUAUCCUAUGGUUCUGUUCUUCUAACGAUCCGAUGGGAAUUCUUGUUAUAUCCGACCUGGGGUUAUCAUCCUUAAAUCGCGACACCAGCCGAUCGAACAUUCCAAAUUUCAAGAUUCCCGCAGUCCCUGGUUACCGACCACCAGAGUGUGAUGUCGAAGGCGGAACAAUUUCUCGAGCUUAUGAUAUAUGGACCCUGGGCUGCCUCUUUUUGGAGCUACUUACCUGGCUGCUGGGCGGUUCGGAACUCGUAGAUAAAUUUGAGGAGGAGCGAAAAUCGGAAUACAUUACAGGAUCGAUAAACAACAUAUUCUUCGACCUUAAGAAAAUCAAUGGGCGGGCCGGCUAUGUCGCGCAGGUCAAGACUCAAGUGACAGAGUGGUUCAACAAAAUGCGCCUUCAUGAAAAGUGUCCCAAAUUUAUUCACGAUGUUCUCGAUGUUAUCGAAAACCAGAUGCUCAUUGUCCUAUCCCAAGAUCGGAAAAGAGCCUUGUCUUGGGAACUAAAGGAGAGGUUCGAACAGAUUCACUUGAAAUGCAUGGACGACAGCGACCAAGGCUAUUGUAUCAGGGGCGUUCCUAUCCAGCGUGAUGCCAGAUCCGCAUCCGUGGUUGAAGCUAAUUUGAACGAUAUUGCUAAACUGACAAUAUCUGAACAUCGACCAGACUUGCCAACCCACGAUAUAGCUCGCGACGGAGAGGCGAGGAAAUCAAUGCUACCAGAGGAUUUGAAGAAUAUGGAUAAGAUCUUAAGUAAAUUGUAG